GCAGCUGUUAUUUUUUCCCUCUCAAAACGCAAAAAUUUGAAUACUCAAAUCUCAAACGUUCAAAUUCAAUGGACGAUACUUCUGCAAAUGAACACGCUCCUCACCACACGCCUCCUCCGCCUCUCGUAUCCGUAGCUCCCUUCUCCACCGCCGGGCGCCGCCUCUCUGCCACCUUCCAACGGCGGUCCAGCAUCCCUGUCCCUUCGGAUAAGCCUCCGGUGGCGUGGAUAUCCCUGCAGGGACGGCUGGUUAACGCCGAGAAUGCCAGCUCAGCUAGAACCGUUGGGCUAACCGGAGAGGAGGCGCUUGCGUGGGAGCUCUUCACACCUGUUCAGAGGUUUCUGUUAGUUGCGGUUAUUGCCGUUGCAGUUUCUGAGUCCAAGAAGAACAAGCAGAUAUGGAACCUUAAGAAGUCCGUUGAGCUUAGGGACCAGGUGCUAUCAAGCAUGCAGCAGAAGCUUGACGAUCUUUGUGAGCAGUUAAACAGCACUAAAGAGCUCUCAACUGCUGCCUUCAACAAAUCAUCAAACAAGGAUGGAGAAUUGCAAUCGAGUGAGGCAUUUGGCGCUGAGAAAAUCAAGUUUGUUGAUUGUGGUUGUUGGCAUUGUGAACAACAUUACGACCUUUUCAAUGAAUUGCAGGGUGCAUCUUUUACAAGAGACUCCAUUGGAAAUGAGUCUAUCCAAUGCAAGAAUUCUUUCUCUAAUGAAGAACAAGAGGAACGAAGAAUGUCUGAUUUGUCAGAUUGGGCUUCAAGUGUCACCUCUUCUGCAGAAAUUCAGUUAAACAACUUGGUUGUAGAACAAGAUAUUUAUAAUCUUAAGAGGGAUUGUGAAGAGAAAGAUGCAACAAUUAAGGAUCUAACCACCCUGAUGAAAUCCUCUGAGGCUGCUAAUUACAAGAGGGCUGCUGAACUAGAAGACAUCAUACGUAGGAAGAAUUCGACGAUUUCAAAAUUAAAGAAGGAUUUGGUGGUUCUAGAACAAAAGGUUAUGCAGCUUACCAGAGAACGCCGAGCCUCCUUCACUGCCGGUGAAUCCAACGGUAGCAGUGUGCUGCCUCAAAUGAGGGACAAUCUCAUCUAUGAUAUGGAUAGCACUAGCAGUCCUUCAUCUUCCGAUUCAGAUAGUACUCCAAUCAACAAUGCAAGAGAUACUCCACAUUAUUCGCCUUCAGCAAGGAAUCAGAAAUCUGCCCCUGCAAAAGUACCUAGAUCUCGAUCAGUGAGUCCUCUUAAAGAAGUUUCAAGUAACAGGAAAUUCAAUGCAGCUUCCUCUUCGAGCCAAAAGCAACUGUCAGCUCGUGGGGACUUGAAAAAGAGUAGAAGAAGGUCUCUUGGUGGGGCUAAGAGUGCAUCUGGACAUAAGAGAUGGGUGUAAGAUAUUUGGUAAUUUCUGGCUGAAAUUGAGGGACUUGAGCAAAACUCUGAAAAAGGCUGACAAAAAGGACUGCUGAUGCUGUUGGAAUCUGACCUCCCUGCACUCAAAAUGGAUUUUCUGGAGCUACAGAACUCUAAUUGGCGCGCUCUCAACGGCGUUGGAAAGUAGACAUCCAGGGCUUUCCAGCAAUAUAUAAUAGUCCACACUUUAUUCGGAAAUUGACGACGUAACUUGGCGUUGAACGCCAAGUACAUGCUGCUGUCUAGAGUUAAACGCCAGAAAAACGUCAUGAUCCGGAGUCGAACGCCCAAAACACGUCAUAACUCGGAGUUCAACUCCAAGAGAAGCCUCAGCUCGUGGAUUGAUCAAGCUCAACCCAAACAUACACCAAGUGGGCCCCGGAAGUGGAUUUAUGCAUCAAUUACUUACUCAUGUAAACCCUAGGAGCUAGUUUAUUAUAAAUAGAACAUUUAACUAUUGUAUGAGACGUCUUUUGACCACGUUUCAUCUUUGGUCUCAGUUUUGUUUUAUUCUUUAUCC